CGAUGGCGUGCGCUCCGAUGCGCUCCACCUCUUCCGCCGGCGGCUGCGCCGACCGGGGACGCCGCGAGCGCCCGUCUUCAAUCCGGACGCGUCUUCUUGAGGACGGCCAGUGGAUGUGGCUGCGACCUGCAGCGCCGAUCCCCACCGCUGGCCGCUCGAUCGUCUCGGUUGUCACCUUGUGAAGUGCGAGACCGGCUUCGCACGCUCCGUCCUGGUGUUCCUGGAGCCAUGGAUUUGCAACCUCCGGGCAUUCGACUCGUCAGGCUACUCUUGCUCGCACUUGCUAUCGGUGUUCGCGGGAGUCCGGACGCCAAGCGGCUGUACGAUGACCUCAUAUCCCGGUACAACAAGCUGGUCCGUCCCGUCGUCAACGACACGGACGCGCUCACAGUGCGAAUCAAGCUCAAGCUCUCUCAGCUCAUCGAAGUGAACCUCAAGAACCAAAUUAUGACGACCAACCUCUGGGUGGAGCAAUACUGGGACGACUACAAGCUGAGCUGGGACCCUCGCGACUACGGCGGCGUGGACAUGUUGCAUGUGCCUUCGGACCACAUCUGGAGGCCGGACAUUGUGCUCUAUAACAACGCUGACGGCAACUUCGAGGUGACGCUGUCCACAAAGGCUCAGCUCAACUACACGGGCCGCAUCCAAUGGAAGCCGCCAGCCAUCUACAAAAGCUCGUGCGAGAUCGACGUAGAGUUCUUCCCAUUCGACGAGCAGACGUGCCUGAUGAAGUUCGGAUCUUGGACUUACGACGGAUUCAAGGUGGACCUCCGACACGUGGACGAGGUGCAAAAUCAGAGCUUGGUGGAAAUUGGUGUAGACCUGACGGAGUUCUACCUCAGCGUCGAGUGGGACAUUCUCGAGGUGCCCGCGGUGCGACACGAGAAAUAUUACACAUGCUGCGAGCACCCUUACAUCGACAUCACAUUCAACAUAAGCAUGCGCCGCAAGACGCUCUUCUACACGGUCAACCUCAUCGUGCCCUGCAUGGGCAUCUCGUUCCUCACCGUACUGGUCUUCUACCUACCUUCCGACUCAGGCGAGAAAGUUGCCCUCUCCAUCUCCAUCCUGCUCUCUCUCACCGUCUUCUUCCUGCUACUGGCCGAGAUCAUCCCACCUGCGUCACUAGUGGUACCGCUGCUGGGCAAGUACCUGCUGUUCACCAUGGUCCUGGUCACCCUGUCCAUAUGCGUCACCGUCGUAGUGCUCAACGUGCACUUUCGCACGUCUUCCACGCAUAGAAUGGCACCCUGGGUCAAGAAGGUGUUCCUCCAGGUACUGCCGCGCCUGCUCCGCAUGCCCCGGCCCGAGCAGGAAGACCCCCUCUUCAAGCUCGUGGUGCCUAGUUGCAACGGCGCCGAAGCGACGCGGGACCCGUACGCCACCGCCUCGACGAGUGCGUCACCGGGCCCCGGCUUUGAAGACAGCGUAUACCAGCGGGACGAGGACCCGAUCGUCUGCAAGGUGCACGGUCUUCGCAGAACUGCCAGCGAGACGUUCGCGGAGUACGCGACACAGCCGUCUUCCGUGGGGCACCGCCACCCAUCGCCACCUUCACCCUUGGUUGGCGGUGCACCAGCCAUGAGGCUCCACUUCUGCCCUGAGCUGCAGCGGGCGCUCGAGUCCGUGCACUUCAUAGCCGACCAUACGCGUCGAUAUGAGGAUCACAUCGAGGUAAAGGAAGACUGGAAGUACGUCGCCAUGGUGUUGGACCGGCUGUUCCUGUGGAUCUUCACGGCAGCCGUCAUUGUCGGCACAUGCGCUAUAAUUUUGGACGCGCCCACACUCUACGACACCCGCGAGCCCAUCGAUGUCCGACUGUCUGAGAUCCUUAGUGUGGUCUAUAAGGGACAUCAGUCCUAGUUAUCACCGCCCUUUCGAGCAUAGCAGCAGCAGAACUCAACACGAACUGUGUGUUGCAAAACAUGAGUGUUCGUACAUUUUAUUUUUUCUUUAAAGUGAUGGUGUUAUACUUAUGCAUUCAGCCCGAUACAGCAUGUCUUCUGAAGUUUCCGCACAUCCCACAACCGUGCGGGGCGCCUGCGUUGGCGCCACUUUUUAAGCCACGUGAGAACAACUCAAUGACUGCCUUGGUACAAUGGACCAAUGCGGGACGAGAGAAUGGAGCAUGCCGCAUUGCCAAGGCACUGACGUGUCGAAGGUACAAGGGUGUCGCGGCGUUCCCAUCUUGAUCCUCUACGCAGAAGUUUCAGUCUGAACUUCUUUAGUCCCACCUUUAACAAACGAAACGAAAGGUUAUAAAUAUAGCAAGACCACACAUACAAUUAGCUAUAACAUACGUGGUAACGCGCAAGGUAAGACUACCUCACAUGAAUUCAAUUUUUAGCGCGAAGCUUUCUUUGACUUAUUCCAGGCACAUCGCGUUGGGUAGCUUUAUAUCUCGCAUCAUUUAGGGCACUUCCAAUGAAGGCAAAUUCAUACAUGUCUUACACCCUGCGAAAAUUAAUAUCGUUCAAAGUUCUCGGCAAGUAGUUAACCAUGCAGAAUCGUUUGGCAUUAUCAGAUAGGCUGAAGUGUUUGCGUACGGCUAAGUGAUUCGAUCGUGCGUGCGAUCACAGCAGCUAGACGUCGACGGUAGUAUGAGGCAACUAGCAUCACGAAUGAUAUUUGCUUAUUUACUUUCGUACUACAGCUAAUAAACACUACAGCCUGUUUUGUUGGCAAAUGAACAUAUACGGAAGGGUUGGGUACAGUGUCAUACAAUGCCUGUGUAGCGUUGUCUGCUGCGAGAAAAACACUGGACAAUGAGAGCUGCAGUCUAACGCAGCACCUGAAAGUGCUGGGUGCCACCAGGGAAGCAUGGAAGGAAGUGGCGCGCUGUGGCGUUUGUGAGCGAUUCGCUAGUACGCGAAAUUCGAAGCAUGCGAAACGCAGGAGCAAAUUUGUGGCCGAAUGGAAACUGGCAGGCAACAGCACGUGCCAUCGCUCGUGCUAUACCGGUUGAUCAGUUUUAACUUUCCCGGAUUUUUUCUUAAAUUGUCUGUUAUAGAUAAUGUAAUUAUAAUCCUUGUGCUGAAUUAUACAAUGAUGCGGACAUUAUUUGCGCAAGAAAUUGAAACACUUGUUCAACUAAUUAAGAAACUCCCUAAUUAUCAUCUUAAUUGCAUCACACCACUUAUUGCGAUUUGCGAAUUGCAGCAGGUGAGACUGUAAAACGUAUCCACUUGAAGUUAUACUCCAGUAUGACACCGGUUUCGACAUAAGAUUUCAUUAAGUGCGGUACGAAAUACGCGGGCGUUCCAGUUACUUUUGUGCUUCAGUGCAUCAAAUUGCGUUUUCUUAAAGAAAAGUAAGUGGCACAGGGCAUUUCAACGACGAGUUUCACGGCGCAUAUAUACAGACUAGUGCCAUUCUGGAAAGUCAAUCCAAGAGGAGGUGCUUUGUAAGCUCACCGGCCACAUUUCGUAGAUUGCCAUAUAUGUCGUAAAAUAAUGAAUCAGGAAGUUAAUUAGUAAUUUUUCAAAAUUAUUUGAAUAUGUGUUUCGAUUCCUUGUGCGAGCAAAGCUCGCCUCUUUCUAUAAUCCAGUUUAUGGGCUAUAAAUAUGUUACCUGCAGCAGGCGAUUUUUUUAAAUUCCGAGGAACUUAAAGAAACCAUCACCCCGCAUAUGUGACGUGACGCAAGCGCCAGUCGUCUCCAAGAGUAAUUUGUCGUAGGCACAAGAGAAGUAUGCGCACGGUUGUUAGAGCAUCGCACUGUUGUGUUGCUGGCCGAGAUUUGGUCCCCCUAUCGGACACGAAACGAUGCGAGGCAGGAGCCUUCCUACCUAUAGCGCAAAGUGCCUGGAAUUAGCCAAAGAAUACUUCGCAUUAGGUACUCGUGUAGUGUGGUGAGCUCGAAGUUGCGUAUCUCAGCACAACAUUUCGGUGCUGUAAUCGCGACGCCACAGCCGAACGCCUAAUCCUUUCGUGUCAACGCCGAAUUGAUCUUUAGGGUGUCACGCGCGCGCGUGUAGCAUCAAAUUUUCCGAGCCAGAGCACGUGCGCGCGCGGCGCUUUGAAUUCGACCGUAGACUUUCGGCCUCUGUCAUUCACGCGCGUCACGUCACGUGCCACGAGCGAGUGCGGCGUUUUCAAUUAGACCAUAGACUUUCGGCUGCUGUCAUUCGCGCGCAUCACGUAGCAUACCCCGAGCGAGAGCACGUGCGCGUGUAGUGCUUUCAAUUCGACCGUAGACUUUCGGCCUCUGUCAUUCACGCGCGUCAAGUCGCGUGCCACGAGCGAGUGCAGCGUUUUCAAUUAGACCAUAGACUUUCGGCCGCUGUCAUUCGCGCGCGUCACGUAGCACACCCCGAGCGAGAGCGCAUGCGCGUGCGGCGAUUUCACUUCAACCGUAGACUUUCGGCCGCUGUCAUUCGCGCGCGUCACGUAGCACACCCCGAGCGAGAGCGCAUGCGCGUGCGGCGAUUUCACUUCAGCCGUAGGCUUUCGGCCGCUGUCAUUCGCGUGCGUCACGUAGCAUACCCGGAGCGAGAACACGUGCGCGUGUGGUGCUUUCAAUUCUACCGUAACUUUCGGCCGCUGUCAUUCGCGCGCGUCGCGUAGCCUACCCCGAGCUAGUGCGGCGCUUUCAAUUCGACCGUAAACUUUCGGCCGCUGUAAUUCGCGUGCGUCACGUCGCAUAUUAAAAAGAUGCGUAUAAAAGCUAGAGCAUGCCAGUUUCUCUCAUUCUUCCUUCUGAGCCGCUAACGCUUUGAGACCGUAUUUGAUAGCCUUCGUAAUCGGUUCACAUUUUUCAGUCCUCUUCUUGUAAGGGCUGUGCGAUAUUGUACCACCUUCGAGAUCAGCCCAGGUCGUAUUGGAACAGACGCUAAACGUUUGUUCGCUGAAGCACAAAAUAAUCUGUUGCCAUGCCCUCCUCGUCGCCGUCGUCUUGGCGCUGUCGUCAGAAACAUGUUGCUUCAUCUGGUAAAUAUGCUGAAUAACCAGCUUGUUGCAAAAUGCUUUGCGAAAAAUCCAUUCCCACAGUGGCGCAAUCUGAAUAUAAUAUUUCAGAUAACUAUUAAUGUUAGUGUGCUGCUCGCUCUUCGCUGUUAGAAAGGCAGGCGCGAAAAUAUCUACGGUGGUGGCCACAGGUCCAGAAGAUCGGAAUGAAAGAAACACUCGUGAAAAUGAAUAUAAGGAUCGCAUUAUUUAUCUAGAAGUUUGUUGUUGGCGAAACCCAGCAAUUACCACAACUGGUACAGAGUACUGUCAUCGCAAGUGGGCCGUGACCUUAUCCGAAUUAGUACAAAGCCGACAGUUAAUUUUGUGCGUACUACAAUGCUUAAAACUUGCUUUCAGAAGGCGCCUUGCAAAUGCGCAACAUGCGUUAUUGUUUCUUUUCUUUUUCGCGAGUAGUAUGUCUGAGGCUAGACGCAACAAGCCUAGAUUUCAGAGUAGUUAGUGUUUAGUGGUCAAAAGAAGCAUUAUCUAGAUUAAGUUGUCAGAAUUGUUAGCACUGACAUAAACACCUAGACGUAUUGCUCCUCCCAUUAAAGAUGUUUGCUGGUGACGUCCAAGGCUAGCUCACAUUUGCGUUCGGCGGUUGAUAGUUGAAUUUCAUGACAGUUAUUUCGCUCAGGUGCUAGCGGCACCAAGCGAUAAAUUCCUAAUUUUAUUCUUAGCCAUGUGACGCACAUGGGUAUUCGUGCAGAGAAUUAAUAGGCAGUAAGAAUACAGAGCAUCUCCUCCAUCAAAAAACUUUAGCCAAUUCAGACAACUUUCGCUAAAAUGUUUUCACCCAGACAUGGGCGGUUCCUCUUUGAACCGCUCUAGCAUGCCAAAUUAUUUUUGGUGUGUGCCGACAUGUGUGCCGCCUCUGUGCCGUCAGUCUCCGCAGGACCGGGGCCGUAUAAAUUCAAGCUAUUUCAUUCUGAUUUUAUUCCAAUCUACUCCCGGAAAAUCUACCCAACCGCCGACGCGAAGACCGGGUGGUGAGCCGAAAUUUUGUUUGAACCGCCCAAUCAAACACCCUCCCCCUGCAUAGUAGGACACGUCUGUUUGCUUUCAAAGCAAACAACAGUGGGUGCCUUGAAAGGUUUUAGGCUGGCAAGAGCCGAGGAGCGAGUAGAAGUUGAGAUGCUUGCGGUGGGGUCGAACUAUCACAGCGCAAGCAAAUAACCGGGUGAGGGGAGUAACGUCAUCGUCUGCGAUUGGUCCACUUAUUGCUUAGCAUACCAUGGGUGGUCGAAAAUUUGCGGUGGUGUGCAACGGGCAGUCGAAUAUGGCGCUAAAGCGGAUCCUGAGAGAAGAAGAGUUGGCAGAGCAGUGUCGUAUAUGUGUUUAGAAGGCUCGAUGACACUGUGCUGCUACGGGAAAAAAAAUAUACGUAAGGAAAUCCAUUCUCGCCGGUAUCUCCGAGUAGCCAAUGCAUGAAUGAUCGGCCAGCAGCCAUCUUUAUUUCCUUUCGGCACGGCGCAGUUACUGGCUAUUAAAAAAAAAAAAAACAUUUUUCUUCGGCAUAUCAGUGCCUCAUUAGUGCGUACACGUCACUUUGGCGCGGUGAGUUAUCACGGUGCUGUCACAUAACGUGACAUACAGGCGAGGUUGGUGCAACCAGAAAAAAAAUUGAGCAAUAGCGAGGGGCUGAUGGCAAAAAAAAAACAUGCGUGAAAUCGGAAACGGCUCUUAUCUUUCUUUUGUUCAACCAAAUCACGUAUAAUCAGCCUGCACGCGUCAUGUGAGAUGGGGAGCUCUCGUAGUUUUCGUGGUGUCGCGUGACAGACAGGUGAAGUGGGCGCCGCACUACAAUGUUUGACCAAUCGUGGAGGACUUAUGGCAGAAAUAGAAUACAAAGACAUUGGUAUAGCUCCAUGUUAUAGCGCCUCUGGAUCCAAGCGUUAUUGGAAGCGUGUAAAAUGCUGCCAACAUUAUAGUUAAAGUAUAUUUAUGCGUCACUUAUUAUUGGGACCGUUGUAUAUUUCAGCUACGGCUCGCGACGCCCUGCAGUCCGAGCACUGGCAUUGUUAGCGGUCACAGCUUAAGCUUACUGGCAUUCUUAAAUAAUAUUUUGACAAUAUUUUUACAAUGUAUCUAUACACUGUUAAUGCGUAUCACAAGUUUAUUGAGACGUUGAAGACAUUCUUGAACUGUUGGAAAGGAUAGUGGGGUAAAGAUAACGCCAUGUUAAUGUAUUUUUCAACCAGCCCCCUUGCACUUAACCAACGCCUGCAAUAAUUAUGAACGUUUUUUGGAAGCUUCCUUCGUUUCUCUUUCCUUUUUGAUCGUGAUGUUCGUAGUACUUAUGAGUUAAGUGAAUUGUCAAUAUUCUGGGUGUCUAUCACUGACGUGGAAUACCCUUGGCGCAUUUUGUGAACAUCGUCGAAGUAGAGCUAAUAGAGUAGCCAGAAACCUCCGGUCAUACUUCAGUGCGUCAUAGAAUGUACGCGCCUGCUUUCUUUCCAUUGAUGUAUUCAGGAGAAACCCUCUUUGUCCCUCUACUUCCAGUGCGAUAAACAACUAUGUUUUUCUGAGAUUAUCUCUUUUCUUGCGUGUUACAUUCGAGGACGCGUUUGGAGGAACUAAAAGCUGACUUAGAGUUAUUACCCUGAACCACGGGUUUACUCGUCAACAUUAGUGACACAAAUGAUCUUAAAGCGCGGAGAGGUGAGUGGUCUAUUCUCUCCUCUAUAACACUCCUGUCUCAUUCGUUUAUUUCGAUCUGGCUCAAUCAACUAAUCCGAGCCACGUGACCACUGAAGUAUUAGAGUGGUUAUUGAAUCGCAAGGGAGCCAGGCAAGAGUAUGUUUAUUUGAACAAAAUGAGACUGUCAUUCUUUCUGAACGUCCAAACUAUCGAAGGUAGUUGUCAGGCUUGCCUUGUUUCCGCAGAUGUCAGGCUAAAUGGUCCGUGAAACGGUUCGGACCAAUUUUGUGGACGCGUAGGCUACAGCUACAGUAAAUGAUUCGCACCACAAUUUGUUUGAAGCGUCUAAUAUUAAUAAUGCUCCUUACGAUUACAAUUUACCCUCCUCCAUAGCCAUGCGUUUUCUCCUCAAUUCAUUCGCCGAAUGAUCGGGGCUAACCUCCGCCUUCACUGGCUCUGCGUCAUGAUGGGACGUUGUGUCGUCUACUUCCGGUUGUCUUGGAGCCAGCGCGCGAAGCCUCUCCAACCUCUCGGCCAGCCUCCUGGCAGUCGACCCCAAGCGAGAGCUAUCGAAGCAGCGUGCGUUGCGAGCAUAGCGUGUCCGGUAUUUCGGUAACCACAGGCGAGCUGGGCGUUUCGACUGAUGGGUGGAGGCGUAAACUAAAGCCCCUCCAUUCUACUAUUGCUGUGAUGAAAGAGUUUUAGCGUAGACUUAUGUGAGCGGCCUGAUCGGUUUGCACGGUCCAGCCACCUGGUGGCGCAGAGGUUAAUCAACCAAACAGAUAGCUAAUAUUGCUCUAAUCAAAUUUAAAACAUUUACAAAAAACAACGUGUCAACGAUUACACUACUGCCGAAACUUCUCACCAGCAGCAAAGUAGAAUACACUUCGUUACUGCUAUAUUAGUUCUGUGUUUGGUUGAGCUCUGUGCCACCACGUAGCUGCACCGUGCAGACCAUUCAUGUUUGCGCCUAGGCUUAUACCGAAAACGGCCAGGCCCAGUCCGCUUACGCUUGCGUUUACCUGAACACAGAACGCCCGAAGUGGCAGUAAUCCUCCGGCGUAAAGUGACGGCGGACGACACUUGCAGCGUGCCGGAAGUGUUGAAUGAAGUGAUAAACUCUCCUUGUGCAUUCUCUUUCUUUUACUUUCUUUCCUAUAAAAACCAAUCAACUAACAUUCCAACUAUAACAAACAACAUUUGUUCGCCAUAAAGUUAGCAAAUUAUCGACGGCGCGCCCUCGGCAGCCAAUCGGAUAACUUGCCCUAGUGGCGUCAUAUGGUAACCUCGCGUCACCUGGUCAGGGGCGGCUCAAAACUCAGUCCAGUGGCCUGCUGCGAUCCGUAGCGAUGUACAUUUUUAAAACUUUAUAAUAAAUUACACGCUUUACGCGGAGCACUUAGAUGCGUCAAGUAAUGAUCAGAAGAACCUACCCCAAUAACUUAGCACGUUUGUACAACAUCGUCAAAAUCGUUUCAGGUUUCCUUUAAGUUCGGCACAAGAAAUGUUAUAGGUGCUGAAAUAGUGAGGCGCUUACAUUGAUAUUUCUUGCUAUGAACGCGUCCAUAGCGCAUUAGGCAAAUGUGCGAAAAAGCGGCCACGUUCGAGUAAUUUCGAGUAAAACCCCGCAGCUUUCUUGGGACAUGUACGCCAAGAGGAGUUCACUUUGAAAGCUAUAAUUGGUCAGUGACGAACCAAAGGCUGUAGCUGACAGUUUGGAGAGUGCUAUCAGAAAAGCGAGUUCCUUCGACACCUGGAAAUGAACACGGGCACAGCAUGACUCCAACGGCGAGCGUUCGACAAAUGGACCAGUUUUCUACGUGUCGGCAAUCAGAUAUUUCACUUUGCAGAAACGCUAGUGCAGCUCUGAAGGUGAGCCAUAGUUUACCUCUAUUCAGCAGAAGUUUCCAUUUUCAAUCUGCCCUUGUUGUCACAAUCGCAUAGCGCUAAAACUACAGUAUAAAAACAGCUGCACCCUUUGGAGUCUAUAUUUGCCACGCAACAAUAAUCGUCAUCUGUCUUGCCCGCAUUUUCUUUCUUAAACGCUGCGAACCCGGUACUUCGAAGUCACGAAUGGCAUGCGCGUUAUCAACAUGACAGAGCAUUCUCGACAGGUAUGUACGAGAGCAGCGUUUUCAAUAAAGGAAAUGUGGCCAAGACAUAUGACGAGUAUUGUUGUGUAGCAAAUAUACACCCCGAGGGGUGUACACUUUUUUUAGAGUGUAACCGCUGCUACCAUGGGCACCAUCCCGCUUUUUUGCGCGUUAACGCAAAUCGCACGUGCAACUAGUAGGCACAGGGCACUUAGAUAAUCCGCCGGAGGCUGGCAUGUGCCCGGGAUGGUAACAGUAAACACUAGCGCUAUGCCAAAAGUUUAUUUGUUAUGGUACUUGCAAAACGCAGCGAUAUUAAAUUGCUGAGCGCCUUCGUGCUGCUUUGUGUGUUUUGUAUAACGGUUUUGAACUUGCGUUAACUUGAUUGUAUGGACUGUUGAUGGUAGUUAUUUUUUCGUAAGUCAUGCCCUUCGUCAUGCCCAUGGAUUAUACCUUUUGAAGACGAAGCAUCGGGCUUCAUCAUGCAUGAAGGUUUCGAGAAAACAUUCAUGUAUACGCAUGUACAGCCUUUGUGCAAAGUAUGCGGGCAAUGGUGCGCGGGACCGGUAGUUCUACUAUAAAGCUUAUGCUGUGGCUCCUCUGUGCUACUGUGCGACGCAAUUUGACGAGAAUCUAUUCACUCUGCGAUGCGUUGGUUUAAUUAAAAUGUCAUGAAAAGCCUUCAUGUUCAUAGAUGUCACACGCUUCUUAUCGACUACACUGAGGAGCGAGGGAUCCAUCCUCCCGACUUGAAGUCAUUCCCACAUCCACUGCAGGGGGAGCUUCAAGUUCAGGCGCGCUUUUCUGCACGUGAAUAUGGAUAUUAGAGCAGGGACAAAGUCUGCUGCGGUGCGGUCAAUAUACUUUUCACAAAGGUUGGUGUCCGCAGUGACGGGUUGAUGCAGAUUUCUGGUACAAUCUCUACUAGGCAUUAAAAAGAAAAGGAAGACGUUGAACCCGCUUUGUUAUGUUACCUUUUCAAUCAUAUUUGAAAAGGCGUAUAUACAUACAUCUCCAAAGUGCACAUGUCGACACACCUUGUUUCCGUGACCGUGUUACGAGUGAAGAUUGCCAAUGAGGGACCCAUUUUGUUCUGGUGAAGUUCUAGUAAAUAUGAUAGUGUUGUUGGGUGUUAAUUAUUGUCAGUAUCUGCGUUACGACUUCAAGGUUUACUGCUUAAUAAAAUAUGUUGGUAAUCA